GGAUCCGUAUCAACAAAAGUAAAUAGAGACGUUAUUUUUAAAACAUUUAAAUUGAUUGGAAACAUCAAAGAACAAUGGCAAAAAUUGUUAUUAUGAUUAUUAACUUUAUCAUGCUACAUUCACUGCACCGUUGUAAACUUGUAGCAAUUACCGAUACCAACUGGUUCAGUAACAAGAAGUACAACAAUGAACAACAGAUGAACAAAGAUAACUUGGUGCCGAGUGGAACCUAUGAGACCGAUAUUCAGUUUCAAAACAUUAUAACAACAUUCAAUAAUACAAGCUAUGAAAAAAAUAUAAAGUUCAGGGCAUUUGAUUCUCAUUUUAAUAUUUAUCUAAAGAAACAGCCUCUAUUCCAUCAUAAAAUGACAAUAACUCAUCAAGUUGGAAGCAAUACUAACGUAGAUAUUCCCAUAUUUUAUAUUGGAUUCAAUUACGAUGUAUCCUUGUCUGCUGUACGUGGCAGAUUUCAUAGUAAUAACUUCAAAGGCAGACUAAGCUGGAAUAAUAUUACAAUUGAAAUUGAUUGUCCAAAUGCAAAGGCUGUUGAUAGAGACAUUAAUCUUAAAUACGUAUUAUCAUGUAAAAUAAAUUCCUUCAAAUCCGAUGACCCUAUUGUAACAGACGAUUACAUUUUUCUGGAACAAAAACACAGGGAUUGGGAUCACGUUAAAAAUAACACGUAUAGACCGCAUCACAGACAUAGACGUUCACCUAAGCAACGUCGGUCAUGCGGCGUUCACUUGGUUGCAGACCAUUUAUAUUUUAAACACGUUGGUAGUUUGAGUCUUGGUAGCACAGUUGAAGCAAUGGCAAGUAGUCUUGCUACAGCAGAUGCCAUUUUUCGCAGCACAGACUUCGAUGGCGAUGGAUUUGGUGACAACGUUGGAUUUGUUGUUGAAAAUAUUACAAUUUACAAUAACCCUUAUGCACCUGGUUAUAAAUUAAAGGAAACACGUUCGUUAUCGGUUGAUUAUCUUCGUCGUUUUGCAGAAUACGAUUUUAGUAACUACUGUCUAGGUGUGGCUUUCACUUACACAGAUUUUGAACGUGGAAUUAUUGGUUUAGCCUGGGCGGCAACAGCAAACCGUUACAAAAAAAGCGGGGGAAUAUGUGAGUCAGCACAAUCAGUCAGAAGGUCAAUAGAACAAGUCACAAGUUACAAUUCCUUGUUAAUAAGUCAGCUUAAUGAUGGUAAAUUCUGUUCCAGGGAGAAGGCUGCAUUGGCUCUAACACAUGAAUUUGGUCAUAGUUUUGGCGCGAUCCAUGACAAACUAGGUGGAAAAGGCUGUGCACCAAAUAAUGAAUAUGGGAACUACAUUAUGUAUGAAUAUGUCGUUUCAGGAGACAAACCAAAUAACAAACAAUUUUCCAGCUGCAGUAUUGAAUAUAUACAUCCUGUUAUUGUAAGGAAGGGGUUUUGUUUAAAAACAGACACAGGACCUGUCUGUGGCAAUGCUAUUAUCGAAGAUGGUGAGGAAUGUGAUUGUGGAACAUCUGGAACAUGCCGUUACAUUGAUCCUUGUUGUGUGCCAAGUGAUGUUAGUAACAGUGUAGACAUACCUUGUACUUUUGGCCACAACAAAACUAAAACGUGUUCACCAAAACGUUCUGAUUCGGCAUGUUGUUCAGAAGACUGUGUACCAAUAAGCUCAAGCAGAAAACAAACUUGUAAACACAGAUCUGACUGCACACGUGCAUCUUACUGUGAUGGGGUCAGUUCAUCGUGUCCUGCUCCUGUUAACCUUCCAGAUGGAAAAUCUUGUAAUGGCGGAAGACAAAUAUGCGUAUCAGGGAAAUGUUCGAAGAGUAUUUGUGAAUGGUUAAAACUCAAAGACUGCCAGUGUACUAGUAAACCAUUAUAUUGUCAUGUUUGCUGCAAGGAGUACAAUGCAAGUAAAGACGAAUGUGCUCCGGUCGGGGGUUUUGCGGGUGCACCUAAAUACUCGGUAAACCUAAGAACUGAAAAGGGUUACGGAUGUAAUGCUAACACAGGUUUUUGUGAUGAUAAACAUGUAUGCGUUAUGGAAAGUUUGGACAAUGUUCUGGACAUAGUGGACACAUUCUUAAGUAGUCGUUUCCAACGAGAUAUUGAUGAUUGGAUAAAAAAUCAUUUGUUUUAUGUAUUUCUGGGAAUUGUAUUUAUUGUGGCUAUCAUAAUGGUAUUUGUUAUACGUUGGAAAAUGCAUCAUGAUACCCACGUAGAAGCUCUGAGAGUGGGAAGGUUAACUAUUGCUCUCGAGGAAGCACUUGGUCAAACAGGUAUCUAUUUUAACAAGUUGAAAACUUUCGAAAAGAAAAUGAACUGCAGAAUUCGUCAAAUAAUGUUCGGAAUAGAAAUGGAUUCUGUAGAUGCUGUCGUACGUCUUUCUUUAUUUUUCCCUACAGCAUCCGUACCUUUACUUUUAGAAACUGCAAAGUGUAGUGCAAAUGAAGAAGCAGCCGUGCGAAUACUAUUAAUCAGAGGGUUUCCCAUGCGGGGAUUCUGUGUUUCAGUUGUUGAUGAUCCAAGUCACUGUUUGUUGCAAACGGAUCCAACACGAACUCCAUGAUGAUUUUUUUAAAUAAAAUAUAUUGUAUAUAUAAAAAAAAACCUA